UCAGUCACCUUAGUGACUCCACUCUAAGGAAAACAUCAUUUAGAGUUUCCUACCUUGGAACUCCUUUCAAAUAGAUCAGAAAUUUGGAACGUGUAUUAAAAAUUCGAUAAAAAUUCUUUUUUCCGUUUUUGUUUCCGUUUCGGUCGGAGAUCCUUAAAAGGACAAAAAAAGCUUAAAGCCAGAUGGAGGAGUAUUCCCGUGAGCCGUGUCCGUAUCGGAUAGUCGACGAUUGCGGCGGAGCCUUCGCCAUGGGUUGCAUCGGUGGAGGUGUGUUCCAGGGCUUCAAGGGAUUUCGGAAUGCCCCCCAGGGCCUAGGACGAAGAUUAGCCGGUAGCGUGAUGGCCGUCAAGUCAAAAUCGCCAGUGAUAGCCGGCAACUUUGCUGCCUGGGGCGGCGUCUUCAGCAUUGUGGACUGCGGUCUGGUGCAUUUGCGCCAAAAGGAGGAUCCGUGGAACUCCAUAAUAAGUGGUGCAGUCACCGGAGGCGUCCUGGCCGCCCGUAACGGAGUGGCCGCCAUGGCCGGAAGCGCGGUAAUCGGUGGCAUUCUUCUCUCCCUGAUCGAGGGUGUGGGCAUUCUAUUCACUCGCAUGUCAGCGGACCAGUUCCGUAACCCGUCGCCGCUCACCACUGCGGAUGCCCUAUCCGGUGCGGGUGGACUGGGGGACUUGGACUCAUCGUCGGGGUUUGGUUUUCCCGGCACCCAGCAUGCCAAUAUCUCCAGCUAAAAUUACUUUUUUGUUUCGAAACUGAAGAAUGGCUCAAGUACUUCAACAAGUUCAUUGAAUUGCAUUUAAAA